CAACAGGAUACCUACAUGCACAAACCUCUGCCACUGCAGUGCACCAGUUUAAAUUUCAGAGGCUUCCAGUUUGCUCAGGCUAUGCUUUUUGCCAUUGAAGAGAUUAAUAACAGUUCAGACCUGCUGCCAGGAAUCUCUCUGGGUUAUAAGCUCUAUGAUACUUGUAGCUCCAUUGCAAGAAGCGUACAAGUUGCACUUGCCUUGGUUAAUGGUAAUGAAAUUGUGUCUGCACCCUCCGGAGCACCAUGUAAUAAACCUGCACAAGUACAGGCCAUAAUGGGAGAAACCUCUUCUUCUCCCAGCAGGGCAAUUGCAACUGUCAUCGGACCAUUUAAUAUCCCUCUGAUCAGCCACUUCGCCACAUGUGCUUGUCUCAGUGACAAAACUAAGUACCCAUCCUUCCUUAGAACAAUACCCAGUGACUACUACCAGAGCAGAGCCCUGGCACACUUGGUCAAGCACUUUGGCUGGACCUGGGUUGGAGCUAUCAGAACUAAUGAUGAUUAUGGGAAUAACGGCAUGGCUACGUUCAUAGAAACUGCAGAGCAGCUUGGCAUCUGUCUGGAGUAUUCUGUAGCUUUCUUUAGAACAGAUCCAUCAGAUAAAAUAGAAAAGAUAAUCAAUAUUAUCAAGGCUUCAACCUCCAAGGUGAUUGUCGGAUUCCUCUCACACAAGGACAUGGAUGUGUUAAUACCUGCAUUGUCCAGGAACAACUUGACUGGAUACCAGUGGGUAGGCAGUGAAUCCUGGAUCUCUGAUUCGCAAACAGCAGCAAUAGAUGAGCACCACAUCCUGGAUGGUGCCAUUGGCCUUUCCAUCCCCAAAGCGCACGUCACUGGAAUGAGACCUUUCAUACUGAAUGUGAAGCCACUUAAUUCAUCCAAUAAUCAAAUGUUCACAAAGUUCUGGGAGGCAUUAUUUAGCUGCAAGUUCAAACAGUCAGAAUCACCAGAAGAGGACCCGAGGCAGUGUACUGGAAAUGAAGAUCUGACUGAAGUCAAUAACAGCUUCACUGAUAUGUCUCUCAUGCCUAUCAUUUACAAUGUCUAUAAAGGAGUGUAUGCAGUGGCCCAUGCACUUCACAGUAUUCUCAGCUGUAAUCAAACAUGUAAAAUCGAGGUUCAGCUAAAUCCAUUCACGAUUUUACAGCGCAUAAGAAAUGUUCACUUCAGAACAAAGGAGGGAGAUGAAGUUUACUUUAAUGAGUAUGGAGAUCCUGCUGCAAAGUAUGACAUCAUAAACUGGCAGCCGAGAGAAAACAGCAUUGUGGAUUUUGUCACAGUCGGUCUUUACGAUACAUUGUUGCCAGCAGACAAACAGUUGAAUCUGAAAAAUACACCUCUGAUUUGGGCUCAGAACUCACAGCAGGUGCCUGUGUCAGUUUGCAGUGAGAAUUGUCUUCCUGGAUCACGCAAGGUUCUCCAGAAAGGAAAGCCUGUCUGCUGCUAUGACUGUAUAAGAUGUGCAGAGGGAGAAAUAAGCAACAUUACAGAUUCUGCCAUCUGUGUGAGAUGCCCCACUGAGUUCUGGUCAAAUGAGAGAAGAGACGUCUGUGUAAGGAAGGAGGCCGUAUAUCUGUCAUAUCAAGAAAUUAUGGGAGCUCUGCUCACUGCUGCAUCUUUAUUUGGAACGUGCAUGACUGCUGCUGUGGGGUUCAUUUUCUUCAAAUACAGAAAAACACCUGUUGUGCGAGCCAACAACUCAGAGCUGAGCUUUCUGCUGCUCUUCUCCUUGACUCUGUGUUUCCUGUGCUCUCUGACCUUCAUCGGCCGGCCCUCUGAGUGGUCCUGCAUGCUGAGACACACAGCGUUUGGCAUCACCUUUGUCCUCUGUAUCUCUUGUGUCUUGGGGAAAACAAUGGUGGUGUUAAUGGCCUUUAGGGCUACACUUCCAGGUAGUAAUGUGAUGAAAUGGUUUGGGCCUACACAGCAGAGACUCAGUGUUCUGGGUUUCACUCUUAUACAAGUUAUCAUAUGUAUCCUCUGGUUAUCAAUUUCUCCUCCUUUUCCAUCCAAGAAUUUUAACGAAUUUAAAGACAAAAUCAUCUUAGAGUGUGUUCUGGGCUCAGCUGUAGGUUUCUGGGCUGUCCUCGGGUACGUAGCAUUUCUGGCCAUGUUGUGUUUUAUUUUUGCUUUUCUGGCUCGGAAACUUCCCGAUAACUUCAACGAGGCCAAAUUCAUCACCUUCAGCAUGCUGAUAUUCUGUGCGGUGUGGAUCACCUUUAUCCCAGCGUAUGUCAGCUCCCCUGGGAAGUUCAGCGUUGCUGUAGAAAUAUUUGCCAUCCUGGCCUCCAGUUUUGGACUGCUAGUUUGUAUUUUCAUCCCUAAAUGUUACAUCAUCUUAUUGAAACCGGAGACAAACACAAAAAGGAACAUGAUGGGUAAAGGGGCACAAAGAACAUUCUGAAAAAGAAAGCAAUUUUAAUGUUAUAAUCAU